AACAAACCAAAGUCUUCAAGACAUGGUAAAGUUUUUGAAGUCUAAGCAGACAAUUGCCAGUGACAAAUAUGCUCUAACCGUUCUUACUAUUCCCCCUAUUAACAAAAUUGUGUUUAUUUCACAAUUGAAAGACUUAAGAGUAGACUCUUUUUGGUUGGACUUGAAAAAUCAGCAUUCGGAUGUGAUGGAGUUUUGGAAUUGCUAGCAAUUUAUCAUGGACAAUUGGUAGUUAUAAAUAGAUAAUUAUGUUCAGCUGUGUUUAUUUCAAGAAUGGAAGACAUGAAUUUGCAUUUUCUUCAAUAUCAGAGAUAGUCUAUGUGCAAGCGUUUCUAGUGGCACAAGUUUAUAGCUUUUUUAUGAAAUGCUGGUGGGCAAUUGGUAAAAAUCGGCACCAUAGCUUAAUAAGGACUCCAACUCUUAAGAGUUUACUAAUUAAGGAUCUAACUUUUUUUGUUCUUAGAAGUGGAUCUCAGCUUUUUAAUUUUUCUAUUUAGAAACUCAAAUCCAACAAAUGCUUAAAGGUGUGGGCAGUUUGGUUUUGUGUUGUGUGGUCUAUAUGGUUAUGGAGGAAUGGCCGAAUCUUCCAGGAGGAGGCAACUUCAAUGGAAAAGGUGGUAGAGCUUGUCAAGUGUCAAUCAUUUUUCUGGAUUAAAGAUAAUAUACAGUCUGAUCUCGACCGGGAUUUAUGGAUGAGAUUACCGACGGAAGUCUGCAAGUUGCAAAACAAUUCAUGGAUCUAAUUGAACACAACUUGCUAUUUUGUGGCUUAGAUUAUUGGAUUUGUACGCUGAUUGGUAACUAUUUUUUGGUAAACAGGUUUGCAGUACCCUUGUACUCCUAUUAGUAAAACUUAUCAUUUUGC